AGGAAUGAUUACAGCAAGAAAAAACGAUUUCAAUGUUCAUUUGGACCUGACUAUUGUUUUAAGAUAGACUUUAUAAAUUGUGAACCACUCCUUUAAGACAUCCUGUGACUGCUGCGAAGGAAGCAGUGUGUUACAAGUGUGUUUUUGUCUCAUUCGCUUUGGCAAAACCGUCAAAAGGAAACAGACACUUGCAGUGGCAUUUAAGUUACUGCACGCCUUCCUGCAGCCUCCACUCUAAGCUACAUUUGAGCUGGCAACGAUGAAUCCUGAAGGUUACCCGGGUGAGGCUGUUCCACUGCAGGGGGGGCGGUAUGAUGGAUUCUCUGGACAGCCCAGUGCACCUACGAUGGUUCAGUACACCACUGUGAACAUCACCACUGAUCCCCCCCAGGACCACAUCGUCUGGUCCCUCUGCUGCUUUGUCUACUUAAAUCCUCUCUGUCUUGGACUGGCAGCGCUCAUCUACUCUAUCAAGGCUAGAGACCGGAAGGUGGCUGGAGACCUGGAGGGUGCCCGACACUACGGCUCCACUGCCCGCUGCCUCAACAUCGUGUCCACUGUGCUGGUUUCCAUCACAAUCUUUACUGUCAUUAUACUUUUCGCCUGGAUUGUAAAUGAGAUUAACUACUACAGAUACCACUACAACUUCAAGCCAAAUUUCAAAUAGUGUUAGAGUUGCCUGCUGCUGUGGCAUAGUGAUAUUUUUUUCUACUUUACAUGCAUGCCACAAUUUGUAAACUUUUAUACCUUUUUACUUGCAUCCUCAAGCAAGAAAGAUACAAAUCUUUAUUGGUGUUGCAGAAAUCUUGAAUGGAACUCAUCCAUGUAUCUGAAGUCAGGUUUGACAUUUCUGCCAGACUUUGUAACUGAAUUCUUACUAAGAGAGUAAGUCAAAAGAGUUUAUUUUUAACAGUUUAAUUUGUCAAUAAAAGCGUCCUGUUUCUUUAAAUUGUUCUUGUGAGAUUUUGAGGCUUUAAAAACCGGUUGUGGUUGCACAAAUGUGUUUUUUCAUGCUUACACCCUCAAACUGUAACUCAUGGUGAAAGAUAACCAUUCAGUUUCCUCCAAAAACCACAGAGGAAAAAACACAGCACAUUUGUGAGUGAGUGGGUAAGUUACUUUCCGUCAGUUGGGGUUGUGUGUCCGGUAUUCACAUCCUGACAGCGGUUGGCUGCAGAAACUCCUUUAUAAAUAACACACACAUUAACUAAACAUAAUAAAUCAAUGCCAGAGGGGGGGAAACAGUUUUUGUUUUGUUUAUAGUGCAGAGGACAAGUGACCAACAUAAAACAAACAAACAAAAAACAAACAAAAAAACCCCAAACAUAUGACAUAGCAGAAGACAAGAGGGAGAACUAGACGAAAAAGCAAACAAACAAACAAACAAAAAGAAAAAAAAAGGCAUGAGGUUUGGCUUAGAUUUUCUUAUUGUUGUACGCAUGUGUUUCGGUAGGUGUGUGUGUGUGUUUUCUGUUUGAAAGAUAUUGUAGGGGGAGAGAGCAUAAGGGGGAGACAGUAUUAACCAAAGGAAGAAAGAGAUUUUUGUGGAAAAUUCAUAGUAUAAUGCAGUUGUUUUUGAUUAUGUGUCGAAGAUUUAUGAUGUAAUACAUACAUACUCUCUAAGCAUACAUAUAUUCUUUAAGUGCAUAUAUACACAUGUAUUCUUAAUGCCCUAGAUAUAUGUUCUUUAUUUGAUUGCUCUAUACAUUUAUUUUGAAGCCCAUAUAGCCUCUCUUGUUGUUGCAACUGUUUAUCUGACAUGACACAGAAGUGGAGUUGGUGAGGGGCAGGGUGCAAAUCAAAAAAAAAAAUCAAUAGUAUGCCAAGCAUAAACAGACAAACUAAAUAAACCCGUGAGCUACUCUUUAAUAUUAUAACCAGUGAUAUUUUAGGGGAGUUACAGGGAUAAAUAAGAAAAGACCAAUGAGAGAUGUGUUCGUAUCAUAUCAUUCUAAAAAUAUAAAUCAGACUGUAUUGCCUGACAAUGUCAGUUGCUCUGUGCAGAAUAACUCAGGGUUUUGCAUUUUGUCAG